AUGUCCGUCGACAUCGAUCCCACCGAGCUGAGCUUCCGCCGGCCAUUCACCCAGGAGGUUUCGCAAGUUCUCAUCAUCAAGAACCCCAACCCAAGUCCGGUGGCGUUCAAGGUGAAAACAACCGCGCCAAAGCAAUACUGUGUCCGACCGAACUCUGGUCGCAUCGAGCCUGGCCACGAUGUUGAGGUUGCAGUUCUUCUUCAGGCAAUGAAGGCCGACCCUCCUCUCGAUGCUAAGUGCCGCGACAAGUUCCUCGUCCAAUCCGUUGCCAUUACUCCAGACAAGGAAUUCUCUGGUGUAGCCUCCGUUCUCGACACCGCCGAGAAGAGCUCGAUACAGGAGAGGAAGAUCCGCGUUGCCUGGUUACCUCCCACUCAGAGCCCUAAGCUCUCCGCCGCCACACCUGCCGUGCUCGAGACCCCUGUUAGAAACUCGGUGGCUGCCUCCGAAAAUCACGAUGCGACGCCCGAUAUCUCCCGAGCCUACGCUUCCCCCUCGAACGACGAUGUCAUCUCCAACCCAUCUCCCCCUCCUUAUCCCGAAGAAGUGAAGAUUACGAAGAAGGAGCCUAUCGAAGAGACACCGAAGACCACCGUCAGCCAGAUCAAGCCCCAAAUCGCGGUCGCCGCCCAACCACCAACCUACGAAGAGCUCAAGAGGAAGUUGGCGGACGCCGAUGCUACCAUCGACUCCUUGAGGCAAGAGCUCUCCCUCCGAAAGCGCAAGAUUGGCACCGACAGCGAGAAGACAGCAGCGCAAGUGCACCAGCUAGCCACCGCAGCUCGACCAGUAUCCGAGGGCGUCCCCGUCAAGAUCGUUGCGAUACUCUGCUUCCUCACCUUCCUCCUAUCUUAUACCUUCUUCUAA